AUGACGUAUUUCCUCUGUCCCAGCCGCACAGUUGCUCAUGUUGGUGUUCUCGGACAGUAAAGGAUAACUAUUAGUACUGAAGGCAGACAACACCAUCGUGCCAGCCAGCCCCGGAGCUCAGAGACAGUUCAGCACCGAAGGACUCGAGAAAAAGCUUUAAAGUUGUCUAGGUCGAAGAGAUUCAGAAGAUAUCAAGACACCACAAUGGCAAAAGUUCAGGUGUUAAAUGUCGCUGUUUUGGACAACCCGAGCCCGUUUGGAAACCCGUUUCAGUUUGAAAUGACGUUUGAAUGCAUGGAGGAUUUACCGGAGGAUCUAGAGUGGAAGAUCAUUUAUGUUGGUUCAGCUGAGAGCGAGGAGUACGACCAGGUUCUGGAUUCUGUUCUAGUUGGUCCGGUGCCGGCCGGCAGACACAUGUUUGUGUUUCAGGCUGAUGCUCCUAACACGGGGCUGAUUCCAGAGAGUGAUGCUGUAGGAGUGACUGUGGUCCUCAUAACCUGCACCUACCGUGGACAGGAGUUCAUCCGCAUUGGUUACUAUGUCAACAAUGAAUACACCGACCCCGAACUACGGGAAAACCCCCCUCUUAAACCAGACUACACUCAGCUCCAGCGGAAUAUUUUGGCCUCCAACCCUCGUGUGACCCGCUUCCACAUCAACUGGGAGGGCUCAGCGGACAAGAUGGAGGACUGCGAGAACGUGGACCCGUCCCCCAACAUCAGCGGCAUGCUCCCUCCAGCCUGUAUACCAGGAAAGAUGCCGCAAAUUGGACUGAUGCCGGACAACUCCAUGGACUGCAUGUAAGAAUCAACAGAUUGAGAUAAUGGACAAGAAGCUCUUCUUAUCUUUGUACAUCACUAACGCUCUUUUGGACAAGGACGCCACGGACUUAUCUACUCAACAUAUAAGAAAUCAGGGACGUUAUUUUUAUACGCAAAAAGGGUUGGAUAUGUAGCUGUUAGGAAGUCUUUCACUCUCACUUACCGUACUUUCAAAACACACACAUCAUCACGUCCAACUUUGCCUUAUUUAACUGUCUUUGAUAAAGCAAACGCUGAGCGGAGAAAAGUUCAUGUCAUGAGGGUGAAAUGUUCUUAUGGCAGCAUUAUGAGACUCACAAAUCAAAUUAACUUACUUAUGUUGACCUGUUUGUACUUUUUCUGUGCAGUUCACAUGUUCUCUUGAGCACAGAGCAAAGCUAUGAGUGAGCGCUUUGUCUGUCAGAAUGAAUGUAGCAUUUAAUUGUUCUGAAGGUUUGUCUCAUCAGGCAUCGGGAUACCUUCGGAAACACAUUCUGGGUUUUAGAACAGGAGCAUUGUGCUGGUUUCUGUUCUCAGAGGAGGAUUGAGUGUUAGCAUGGGAGCUAAAGCAGAGUUCUACCUUGUACUCUGGAGUGUUACUGAAAAUGCGAUGCCAUAUUGCAGUCAACUAGUUUGGAUGAUGUAAGCAUACUGUAAAUAAUGUUUCUCAGCGCUUAUUAAGUCUUCAAGUUCAAGAGGACAUAUUUUGUCUUUGUACUUAUAUUCUGUGCCUCACUAUUUGUACCGACAGUGAUGUGGUAAAUAAAGUUUGUUUUGUUGAUUCUG